AUUAGCUUAUACUAGAUAGUCUAUUUGUCUUCUCUAAUUUUAGGUUUAGUGAUAUGGUGAAUUCCUUAAUUAGCAGGGCAUUUUUUUUGUAACUGGUAUUACAUGAUAUCACAGUCGCCGUAACUCCGGUUGUAGCUUUUUCCGACAUGCUACUUGUUAAACCCUACCGGAGAGCCCUCCAUAGUUCAACUCGGCAAGUCCAAUGCAAAACCCUAGACUCACCAUCUCCUUCCUCCACCACCCUUUUUGUCGACAGGGCUGUAUCCAUUCUUAAAGGAUACGACCCAAUUUCCUUGGACUCCAUUUCUUCCCAAUUCACCCCUCAAUAUGCUUCUUCCGUGCUUUUCCAAUGCCGAUUCGAUAAACCCCUUGUUCUAAGAUUCAUCAACUGGGCACGCAACCGCCAAUUCUUCAAUCUUCAAUGCAAGUGUAUUUCCAUUCAUAUCCUCACUCGUUUCAAGCUUUACAAGACUGCCCAAUCCCUUGCAGAGGAUGUUGCUUUGAAAUUCGGCGAUAACAAGGGUGAAUUGGUCUUUUCAUGUCUCAGGGACACUUACUAUUCUUGCAAGUCCAGCUCUGCUGUGUUCGAUUUGAUGGUAAAAUCCUACUCUCAUUUGAAAAUGAUUGACAGAGCUAUGAAUAUCUUUGAAUUAGCCAAGUUUAAUGGGUUUAUGCUCACUGUUUUGUCCUAUAAUUCCAUUCUUGAUGCGUUGAUCAGGGUUUCAUAUAAUGGGUCUUUCGAAUUAGCUCAAAAGUUUUAUGAUGAUAUGGUUCAAUCUGGGGUUUCACCUAAUGUGUAUACUUAUAACAUUAUGAUCCGAGGCCUUUGUGCAAAAGGGGAUCUGCAAAAGAGUUUGGUUGUUUUCAAUGAAAUGGAAAAAACUGGCUGCUUGCGAAACGUUGUAACCUAUAACACCAUAAUAGGUGGUUAUUGUAAGAUAGGUAAGGUUGAUGAGGCAGUCGAAUUGCUGAAGCUAAUGCAAGUGAGGAGCUUGGAACCAAGUGUGGUCACAUAUAAUGCUAUUAUUAAUGGGUUGUGUCGAGAAGGAAGAAUGAAAGAGACAAGUGAGAUUUUGGAAGAGAUGAGGGGAAAGGGAUUAAUGCCUGAUGAAGUAACCUAUAACACACUGGUAAAUGGCUAUUGUAGAGAGGGUAACUUUCACCAAGCACUUGUUUUGCACUCGGAAAUGUUGAGGAAUGGGCUGUCUCCAGAUGUUGUGACUUAUACUUCUUUGAUUAAUAGCAUGUGCAAGACUGGGAAUUUGCACCGCGCAAUGGAAUUCUUUGAUCAACUGCAUGCUAGGGGAUUAUAUCCCAACGAUAGAACUUACACAACAUUGAUUGUUGGUUUUUCUCAGCAGGGUCUUAUGAAUGAGGCUUAUAAGCUGUUGAAUGAAAUGAUUUCAAAUGGCUUUUCCCCUUCAAUUGUAACUUACAAUGCGUUAAUUAAUGGGCAUUGUGCAGUGGGCAGGAUGGAAGAUGCUUUACGUGUGACUCAAGAGAUGGAACAGAGAAGGCUGGUCCCAGAUGUUGUAACUUAUAGUACAAUAAUAUCUGGGUUCUGUAGAAACUGUGGGUUGGAAAGAGCAUUCUGUGUUAAGCAGCAGAUGGUUGAAAAAGGGGUUUUACCUGAUGUUAUUACUUAUUCAUCCCUAAUUCAAGGUCUUUGUGAGCAGCGAAGACUGACUGAAGCUUUCGAACUUUUCCAAGAGAUGUUCAGAGUAGGUGUGCAACCAGAUAAGUUUACAUAUACUACACUUAUUGGUGCAUACUGUGCAAAUGGGGAUAUUAAAGGUGCUUUUCACCUGCAUAACAAAAUGAUCCAUAAGGGUUGCUUUCCUGAUGUCGUCACUUACAAUGUCCUAAUCAAUGGGCUUAACAAACAAGCUCGCACUAGGGAAGCAAAGCGGCUUCUGUUCAAGUUGUUGUAUGAGCAAUCAGUGCCAAAUUGUGUCACUUAUGACAUGCUAAUAGAAAGUUGCAAGGAUCUUGAAUUGAAGAGUGCGGUAGAUCUUAUUAAAGGAUUCUGCAUGAAAGGUCUGUUGAAUGAAGCUGACCAAGUUUUUGAGUUGAUGCUGCAAAAACACAAGAAGCCGAGUGAAGUAGCUUAUAACCUACUUAUACACGGUCAUUCCAGGGGUGGGAAUUUGCAUAGAGCCUUGAAUCUUUUCAGAGAAAUGGCUAAUCUUGGAUUUAUUCCUCAUACAGUAAGUAUUAUUGUGCUCAUGAAAGAACUUUUUAAAGAAGGGAUGAGCGAGGAAUUACAUCAAGUAAUUCAAAGCACAUUGGAAACCUGUAAACUUGCCGAUGGUGAGCUAGCAAAAGUUAUUGUUGAGGUGAACUACAAGGAAGGGAACAUGGAUGCAGUAUUCAAUGCACUCACUGAAAUGGCCAAGGACGGCCUUCUUCCAAAUAGUGGGAAAACCGCAUUUUGUCACAUGCCACAAUAAAGUACUUAUCAUCUUAAAAUAAUCAUACCAACUUUUCCCCUGCAUGAGGUAGAAUGCAUCAAGCAAGCAGGAAACUUGGUUGCAACAAACUGUUUCCCCCUCAUUUAGGUUUCUCAUGACAUUGUGAAUGUGGAAGGUCAGAUUUUGAACUCCGAUGAGCGACAUUCUCUCGAGAGGGUUAAAUUCCCACUUUGCUUGAAAAUUGUAGUGGUAGGUCAGUUCCAUAUACCAGCAAUGCAUUCGCAAAAGAUGAAAAAAUAAUUUUGAAUUCGUCUCAGCUACAUAAGUAUGGUGCUCACUUGAAAAAGUGAAACAAGACGAAGAGAAGGAAGUGAGUUUCAUUCGAGAAAGUGUGAAAACUCCAGCCUAAGGAGCUUUUCUGUUCAAGAACAUUGUAUGUACCAUUGAUGAAGUCUGUUAAUGGAUGCGCAUGGCUGUUUCGAGAGUAGGAUUUGAUUUACAGUGUCUUGCCUUCAGAUCAGCUAUCACUUAGUCUCUGUACUACUGGACUAACUUUUUCCAUUCUAAUGCCAAAUGUAAUAAUCCUAGUUGCUAAUUCUGGACUUACUUUUUCCAUUCUAAUACCAAAUGUAAUAAUCCAAGUCUAGCAAGAACUUUCUGGUUUUGUAACUUUUUAUCAAAAGAACUUGAAGCUCAAAGUCUAUCAGCCCAGACCUGCCACUUUGAGGUAAUACAAGAUGUUGAGGCAAUAUCUCUUGCGACAAAUGAACAUCCAGUAGCACUGCUUGCAGAAGGCACAGAAGGACUCUUGCAAAGAGAUAAUACUAUUUACAUGCCUAUCUUAUCUUAAAGGCAUUGAAAUGCUGCUGCUAUUUUCUGCAUCCAUACUUCCCAAACUUUAUGGCAUCAAAUCGGUAAGUAAUGAUAAAUCUAUCUCCUGGAGUUCUAGUGCAAGGGGAAACAGAUGUAAAAAUUGGUAAAAAAACAGAUGCAAAGAAAUUGAAUGUAGUCAUUCUUUUGCUGGAUCUGCUCUCAGUAGUGUAAUCUGAGGACCUUGGAUUUUUCAAAUCUAAAUCUGAUUCCACAAUUGCAGGCAAUUACUGCAUUAAAUCGUUGUUAUUUGGCAACUCGUUUAUUUGCUCACUCUUAUAUUCAAAUUUUCUUCUUGAAACUAUUUAACACUCCCUUGCCUUCAGAUUCAUUGCUUAACAAGAUUGAUCACUAGACUAAAGGCAUAGCAUAAUGAGGAUUCUCCAAAUCCAUCUUUCACCCCCACCCCCUAAAUCCCCCACCCCUUUUUCUUUUGAUAGAGAAUCAAAUACUUCUCUCAUUGGAGUUAUAGUGUAAAUAGUUGAGAAAUUACAGUAAUCAAAGUUGCUGAGCUGUCAUAAGGGGAUACAAAAUAGUUCAGAAUAGAUUCCUUCUCAAAAAAAAUAAAUAGUUCACAAUAGAUCAAAGUAAAUGACAACUCUAUCAUGAUUCAUUUGUAUCUAUGGAAAUGACAAGUUGUAGUCUACCUAUUUCUUAUCUGUUUAUAUCUUGUGAUCUGUCACCUCACUCCGUCAUUUUAGAUUUUGAGAGCAAAAAAAAUUAGGUUAGCAGCGGCACAUUCAACCUGAUUCGAACUGGAAUCAUUCAGAACCAGAUUUUAUGGGUAAAACGGGGCCAUGUUUCCAUUGUGGCAUCAAGCAAACCAUUCUUUGGAGAAAUGGGUCACCUGAAAAACCAGUGCUCUGCAAUGCAUGUGGAUCAAGAUGGCGGGGUAGAAGGACACUAGAUGGCUAUAUUCCCAGACAUGGAAACAUAGAAAUAGAGAACUAUCAGCUCCCUUAUGACAUGAAGCCGGCUCGUGAAGGAAAAAAGUUAGAAGUUGGAAUAGAGGUUUCUGGACAGGAUGGCUCUUCAGCUUGUCUUGAAGAGGAAAUGAAUAACAUAUCAAGCUUAUGUUUAGCAGGAUCAUCCUCAGAAAACUGCAUGCAGAUGGAAGAAACAAAUGAAGCAUACAAAGGUCCUCUAUGGAUUCCUGACAGUGUCCCAAGAAGAAAAAGAUCAGAGCGUAGAAAAUGCAUUUUGUCACCUAUUGAAAGACUCCAGAGGCAACUUCAUAACAUUUCACAGGAGCCAGACUUUGAAAAUAUCUCUGCAGACGAUGAAAAUAUUCUAAUAUAUGCAAGGAACAAACACUUUCCUCCUUAUGAGAUUGGUCUUGGAGCUAUGCUGCCACCUACUGCUACAGAACACUUGACAUCUCUAUCUCCAUUGGCAGAAGAUAAUGAUGCCUCUUGCUCAGUGAAUGUUCCUGUAGGAAAUUCCAAUUCCAAUUUGUAAGUGAAUUUUGAGCUGCAUGCACAAGUUUCAAGCUGGUAUGUGUGCCAACUCUUACUAUCUAGGAAGUACAAUGUUUAUUAAAACAAUUUGAGCUGUUCCAACUUUACUAGAUGUCCCCAGCGGCAACGCUCAACAACUUGUGUGUUUUGAGACCAUAUAGUUUGCCAGUAGUGCAUUUAUAUUUGGAGAUUUAUAAUUCUGUUGUUUUUAUUGGAUGUGAUUUCAAUAAAUUAGUAUGUGCAUUUAAUAUGUCAAUUCCGAUGCCGAUGGCGGUCACAGUGUGCUUGCCUACAAGUUUGUUAGUGUAUACAAAUAAAUUCUGGGCCUAAAUCAACCCCACGGGCUAGCUUGUGAGGAAAGGAUUGCUCUAGUCCAUAUUAAGGAAUUCAUAAUUUCCUUAUCGCACUUAUGUGGAACUUAACACCCCGCCUCACGCCCAAGACUGGACAUCUAGUCUAUGGAUUAUUUGAUAUGGGGCCCAACAUCGGUAAAUCAUAAAUUGGGAUGAGUUUGACACUGAUACCAUGUAAAGAAAUCAAUCUUGGGCCUAACUCUACCCCAAAAGUUAGCUUAUGAGAGGAUGAUUGCCCAAAGUCCAUAUAAGGAGUCCAUAAUUCCCCAUCCCAUGAUGUGGGACUUAAAAAGCCCAAUAUCCAUUAUUUACCAUUUGUUUGCAUGGACUCCACAUUACAUGGAUACUACAUCAAGGGUAUGUCGUUAAAUUGUUCUCUAAAAUGCUUCUGCCAUUGCAUCUUCAGAGAUGGGAGUCUGAUUAUUAAAGAAAUAGGUAUAUCAGCUUUAGGAUAAGUCAUGUUCAGCCACAAAAAGUUUGAAAACUAAGUCAACCAAACUUCGAUCUUCUUUUAAGUUAUAACGAUUAGUCAAUAAUAUUUACACUAAAAACUAGAGAGCCAUUAAUACAUAAUCCAGGAGCAAUUAAGAGUCAGAAUAAUUUAGUAUUGAGUUUCAUGAAUGCCCCAAGUAGCAACAUAAAUCUAGAGGGUAGCGUGGGGGUUCACCCGAACUCCCUCAGCAAAAAAUUACACGGGAUAUAAGGUUAUUUUCAAAUUUUAUAUAUAUAUAGAGAGAGAGAGAGAGAGAGAUUUUGAACCUCUUAACAUGAGAUUAGAGAUUGAUUAAGUGCUUGAGACAGUGCAAAAUUCACCAUAAGGUUUCAAGUUUAAAUCUCAAGCACUACAUUUUUAUGUUUUGGUCCUUUAGAGAAAACCCUUGAUCUGCCACUUUACCUAUUAUAACUCUUCAAAAACUUUAUAUUACUUGAUUGAGUUUUAAGUAAUACGAAGUAGUUUUAAUAAAAGCAACAAGCAUUGUAGAAACCGGAAAAAUGUAUUCACUACCAUAAAACUUCUUAGAAGGCCAGGAAAUACAAUAACAGUAGAAAGGAGCAAAGAGAGUAAAAUAUAUUACUACUUAGAAAAGGAAAAUAGGACACGGGAAUAAAUAAGAACGUUAAAAUCUCCGUCACUCUUUUACACAGUGGCAGAGCAGUGUAAAUGAUAUUAGCUGAAAAAGGACACAAUAGGAGUGAUUCAUGGGACUGGAUAAGCAUCUUAGGCUCCGAAGGAUCAAUCAACCGAAAAAGGCUACUUUUGGGUUUGUUAAAGAAUAGGUUCUGGGCCUAGCACAACCCUAAAGUCCAGCUCAUAGGGUGAGGAUUAUCCAAGUCCAUAUAAGGAGACCAAUUACCUUCGUAUUCUUAGUUUUGUUUGAAAUAGAAUACUUAAUCUACAAAGUUAAUUAUUUUUCCAAAAAAGGAAGUAGUGUUGGCGGAGAUGUAAUUUUAUGCCAAAAUAUUCUAUACACAAAUAGGGAAUCAAUCACUGUAUAAUGCUCUUACAGACAAAAUAUUGGGUUUCUUUCUUGCUCAUAGAUCAUUAAUUAUAGCGUCUCCCAUAAGCUUAAAAACUUACUUCCCUUUGCACAAUGAAUUGACAUCGACAAAUUACAGGUAACUUGGAUUUUCGAUAAAGAUAUGAACUGAUCAGUCCAACUAUACUUUAACCAUGCAAAUAAUAAAAGCUUUACCACAAAGUAAAAAGAUCUAUUGUAUUAAUACCUUAUUGUUUUAUGUACACUAACGUUCACCUUUUGUUAGGAGAAGCAGACAAAAUCCUCUCUGAAAUUUUGAGUGUCCCAAGAAGAAUGAUCAGAGAGUAGAAAAGACAUUCUUUACUAUACUUUAACUAUACAAAUAAUAAAAGCUUUACCACAAAGUAAAAAGAUCUAUUGUAUUAAUACCUUAUUGUUUUAUGUACACUAAUGUUCACCUUUUGUUAGGAGAAGCAGACAAAAUCCUCUCUAAAAUCUUGAGAGUGUCCCAAGAAGAAUGAUCAGAGAGUAGAAAACACGUUGUCACCUGUUGAAAGACUCCAGGGGACAGGGGCAACUUCAUACUAAUCUACAGGAGCUAGGCUUGAAAAUCUCUCUGCCGAUGACUAAAAUAUUCUAAUUUAUACAAGGAACAAAUAUAUUCCUCCUAGUGAGAUUGUUCUUGGAGCUAUGCUGCUCGUAUCACCACCUACUACUACAGAACACUUGCUGUCUCUAUCUCCAAUGGCAGAUGCUGGAAGUGAGUUUUGAGAAGCAUGCAUAAGGUUCAAGCUGGUAACUCUUUUAUCUAACUUGUGCAAUGUUCGUUAAAACAAUUUGAGCUGUUCCAACUUUUCUGGCUGUCCCUAAUGGAAACGACAGCACCUUGUAUGUUUUGGGACCAUCUAGUUUGCUAAUUUUUCAUUUGUUUUGGAGAUCUAUAUUUCUUCUGUUUUAUUGGAUGGGAUUUUCAAUGAAUUAGAUGUCUAUUAUGCUUUAUGGGUGCAUUUAAUAUGUCAAGUUUGCUAGUGUAAAGAAAUGAAUUUUAGGCCCAACUCAAACCACUAGCUAGCUUAUGAGGGUGGAAUUGCUCAAGUCCGUAUGAGGAGUCCAUAAUUCCCUCAUUGCACCGACAUGGGACUUAACACGCAGCGUCACACCCAAGAUCGAACAUCUUGUAUGUGGGCUAUUUAAUAUGGGGGCCCAACAUCGGUAAAUCAUUAAUUGGGAUGAGUGUGAUUCUUAUAUCAUGUAAAGAAAUAAAUUUUGGGCCUAAGUCUACCCCAAAAUUUAGCUUAUGAGGGGAGGAUGACUCAAAUCCAUAUAAGGAGUCCAUAAUUCCCUCAUCCCACAAUGUGGGACUUAACUAGCCCAAGAUUAUUUACGGAUUGUUUGUGCGGACUCCACAUUUAAUGGAUACUACAUCAAGGGUAUGUCACUAAAUAGUUCUCUAAAAUGCUUCUGUUGUUGCAUCUUCUAUAUUCGGAGAUGAGAAUUUAUUAUUGAAGUAGUAGGUAUAUCAGCUUUAGGAUAAGGUAUGCUCAACUGCAAAAAGUUUGAAAACUAAGUCAACCAAAAAGUCUCUUCGAUUUCCUUUUAAGUUAUAACAAGUCGAUAAUUUUUACACUAAAGAGAAGCUAGAGAGCCACUAAUACAUAAUCCAAGAGCAAUUAAGAGUUAGAAUAAUUUAGUAUUGCGUUUCAUAAAUGCCCCCAAGUUGCAACAUAAAUCUAGAGGGUAGCGAGGGGGUUCACCUGAACUCGACCCCCUCGGCAAAAAAUACACAGUAUAUAUAAGGUAAUUUUUAAAUUUUGUAUGUGUAUAUAUAUAGAUUUUGAACCUCUUGAAAUUAUGGUUAAAUAAAACGGAAGAACUAUAAAGAAAUGCACAACUGGCAAUCUAGAUGGUCCCAAAACACACAAGUUGUUGUGCAUUGUCGUUGGGGACAUCCGGUAAAGUUGGAACAACCCAAAUUGUUUUUUACCAACAUUGCACAAGCUAAAUGAUAAGAGUUGGUUUCCCAUACCAGCUUGCAUGUUAUGCAUGUAUCUCAAAAUUCACUUACAUAUUGGAAUUUUCUAUAGGAACAUUCACCGAGGGAGAGGCAUUUUCUUCACAAAUGUACAACUGAUAGUCUUGAGCAUUAUAUAAUGCAAGUGAUCGUACCUACUUGUUCUGAUGGAGCAUCAGAUACUUAUUGCAGAAAGUUAAAUUUGUUCAAGAUUUUUGUCAUAUUCAAUCUUGCUUCGGAAACAUUUCUUUUGAGCCAAGGGUCUAUUAUUGGAAACAACCUUUGUACCCACAAAGGUAGGGGUAAGGUAUGCAUACCCUCUCCAAAUCCUACCUGUGGUAUUACACUGGGUAGGUUGUUGAUACAUAUUUGUAGGAUGAUUAAAAACAUGGAUACUUUAAUCAGAUUGUCGCAUGUUAAAGGCUUGGAACAUUAACUAUAGGCGAUUUUCAUUUGCUUCAUGCAUGAUGAAGACAACGAUACUUGAAGUCUUGGUCAUAAUGUAAAAUGGGUAUCCUUCGAAUUUUUGUGGUCAUUGAUCAUGAAGUUUCUUAUAUAAACUGGUGAGUAUUGCUUCUGGAGUAUGUACCUCAUGUUGGUGCUUAGUGUCAAGCUUGUGAAGCUGAGCUUUUUAGUACAAGCUAGAUCAGACAUUUCAGUUGCAUUUCACAGUGGUGGGGCAAGGCUGUACCUGAUUGCUUCAUAGAGUGCAAAAUAGGAAGCUCUGAAGCUACUUGGAUGAGGCAUAUGUCCUUGAAGAUCAUGUUCACGACCACUAAAGCAGCUCAGGAGCACCUGUUCUUUGGAAUAUCUAGUUGGGGCCAAUUAAUUGCUUCAACGAAGCUCUAUUUUAUUACUAGGCAUCUACUUCCAGGGCUACUCAACUGACAAAGUUGGUCGUUAAACUCAUGUUUUAUAUUGAACCGAUAGAUUUCCUUAUACAAAGACCUUCUUCCAAGGAAUAAGAAAAGCUGAAUAAAUGUUGUUAAAGUUAUAUUAUGUUUUUUUUUACUGGGAGAUGCUCAUAUAUAAGAUGUGAGAUCUUUGUCAGAUCAUUCGCUUGUAUUCUUUAUUAUAAUUUGUAGUGUGGAAUCAUUUCCUUGGUAAUUUGAAGUUGGCAAUGGUUGAUCGUUUAA